AUGCAGACCAUUAAAUGUGUUGUUGUUGGUGAUGGUGCAGUUGGUAAAACUUGUCUUUUGAUUUCAUACACAACCAACAAAUUCCCUUCUGAAUAUGUUCCCACUGUAUUUGAUAAUUAUGCUGUCACUGUUAUGAUUGGAGAAGAACCUUAUACACUAGGCUUGUUUGAUACUGCAGGUCAAGAGGAUUAUGAUCGCCUUCGUCCACUUUCUUAUCCUCAAACGGAUGUAUUCCUCGUUUGUUUUUCAGUUACUUCACCUGCUUCCUUUGAAAACGUAAAAGAAAAAUGGUUUCCCGAAGUUCACCACCAUUGUCCUGGUGUACCUUGUCUGAUUGUGGGUACACAAAUUGAUUUGCGUCAGGAUCCUGCUGUAUUAGAAAAGUUGAAUAGACAAAAGCAGAGACCUAUACCUUUUGAAGCAGGCGAAAGAUUGGCUCGUGAAUUGGGUGCAGUUAAAUAUGUUGAGUGUUCAGCAUUAACACAAAAGGGUUUAAAAAACGUAUUCGAUGAAGCUAUCGUUGCUGCAUUAGAGCCUCCUGUAAAGAAGAAAUCAAAGAAAUGUACUAUUUUAUAA